AUGGAAGCCUGGGGCAAUGCGCGGCCGUUCUUCCGGUGCAUAUUUCUCUUCAUCUGCUUGACCAACGCGGUCGCCUGCUUCGCCAUCUUCACGUACACAUUAACCAUCGUGGACUUUGCCAACGAUAACGGAUUCAGCCACUACAACGCCGCCAUGAUCAUGACGGCCAUGUCCGUUGGCUGGGGUGGCGCCAGUCUGUCCAUGGCCCCCAUCGUGGACAGCGGCAUCACUUCGAAAGAAACGGUGAUCUUCAGCAGCUUCGUCAUUCAGGGCUCCGGGCUCGUGCUCAUGGCCCUGCUCAAGACGAGCUAUCUCUGGCUGGUGGCUUCAGGCUUUAUGAUCGGCUGGGGCCAGGGCAGCCGCGGCUUCCUGCCCUUCGUCCUGCUGUCGGAGACGUUCAAGAAGCGGCAGACGCCCGUCGCCUUCGCACUGAUGAGCGUGUCGUGCGCAGUGCCGUUUCUGGCACGAGCGCCCAUCAUCGGGUACGUCCGUGACACACUUGGCAGCUACGACGUGCUCAUGCUGACGCUGGCAGUCAUCGAAUCUGUAUUCGCGUUCUUCUGGGGUGUCCUCGCCUUUUGCAAGUGGAGGAAGAAGCGAGCUAAGUUUUGCGUAACUGCGCCUUUGGUAUUGCAACACGAAAGCGCCCCACGGACGAAGUAG